AUUUAAUGAGAGGUUUAAAUGUGAAACCAUAAUGAUUAAUAUGUGUUAGAACCAUAGGUUAUCCUUAGGAAGCAAUGUUAUAUGCGCAUGGUUGGUUUGUUGCCUAAUGUAUAAUGUACACUAAUAUAUAGAAAAUAUUGUAGGUUUUAAAUCCACGUAUGUGCUGGUUCGAAAAGUUUUUUUAGCCAUUUUCAUUCUAAUUUUGCACAAACCCCAUUAGGUAUAUGUCAUUUGUAGGUUCUGGAAAAAUUUUCCUCCAGUCGGAAAAUUUUUCCUUCAGGCGAAAUUUUUUUUCCUCCAGGCGGAAAAUUUUGCCUCUAGGCGGAAAAAAGUUUCUCGUGUCGAAAAAAAUGUUUCCUCCUAUUUGAAAGAAAUUUCCUCCUGACAGAAAGCGUUUCCUCGUGUCGGAAAGAAAUUUCCUCCUGGCAGAAAGCGUUUUCCUCCUGUUGGAAAUUAUUUUCCUCCUGUCGGAAAGAAAAUUUUCUCUCGUCGGAAAACAGAUUCCUCUAGUUCAAAAAUUGUUUCCAAUAGAUGCAUAAAUAUCUUUUUGUUCUAAACUUUCAAAUUGUAAUUGUUUGGCGGAAUUUUUGUUAGAUUUUUAUUUUUUACUAUUUAAUAUGUUUUUGGUCAUUUUGAUUUUGCUGUCCAUAAGCAAGCCAUAUGUUAUGAUUUGUUAUUCUUAUUUGAUUUGCAGAUAAAUGGAUUUAGAAUACCAAAGAAGGUUUUGGGACUCUAAGAUAUCUAAAGCAAAGGUUAAUUGUAAAUCGAACUUCUGGAAAGCCGUGUCGGAUAUUAAGUUCAAGCUGAUUCUAUCCCAAAUAAAGAAGUUCGAGGAUAGCUGUUUUGGCCACUUUUUGAAGGCCAACAAUAUACAAUUUAGUGGCCACAUCGUCAACAGCAUGUUGUAUAGGCAGUGUGUUUGCAAUGACAAGGAUUUUAUGGUAUUCCAUUUUGGACGGUGUGGUGCUAGAUUUACACGGAGAGACUUCGCCAUAAUUAUAGGUCUACGGUUUGGUUACCAACCAAAUAGGCGAGUUAACAUCUUUACACGUAUUAGUGACACAUUUUUUGGUGGAAAGCAAAAGGUCACUAACUCGGAGAUAAUCGAAGCUUUCAUGACCGCACAGUGUCAAGAUGAUGAUGAAGCCGAUGAUGAUAGAUUGAAGUUGGCUUUAUUAUAUUUCCUAGAGACGGUUCUUCUAGGCAAAGAAAGCAUGGCCACCGCACCCCAUAAUCACUUGGAGAUGGUGGACGAUUUAUAGUACUUCAAUAACUAUCCAUGGGGUACUUUAUCAUACACCACCACCAUUAGAUCGUUGAAGAGUGCUUUUGAGCAUAGAGAAUCCAUGGCUUUAAACAAGUCAAAGAGUUACAGUGUUUGUGGGUUUCCUUUGGCUUUCAUGAUUUGGGGUUUUGAGACAAUUCCUUCAUUAGGUCAAGCAUUUGGAAAGAAAUUGCCGAACAUGGCAUUCCCUCAAAUUCUCAAUUGACAUAUUUCACAAGUGCCAAGAUUUGAGAAGGCCACUAAACUCUUCGAUCAUCGUGAUUGUUGUACCUGCUGUCAGAGACAAGCUACCACAGGGAAGUCAUGGUGAAAGAGAUGAAGGUGUUCCACUUACAAGUAGUGGAAGAAGUAAGAAAAGAAAACAGGCGUCUAUGGAAUGUAAGGGUAAAGGAGGGAGGCGGCGAAUGGGAGAUAAGCAGACAGAUCGGCCUUCAUCAUCGACUGCAGAAGUUGCUGCUCAUGUUCAUGUUAAACCAUCGACUCCAUCCCAACCUCCAACAACUCCAUCUUAUGAUGAGGUACCUUUGAGAGAGAGAUUAACUAUCCUUGAAGGUGAAGUGACUAAUGUACAGCAAGACGUUAAGGAUUUAAGAAUCGCCAUGCUUAGAAAGUUUGCAAGUUUGGAGACCAAGCUUGAUAAGUUAAUGAAGCACCAAGGAGUGGAAGUUGGUGCUGACGGUUUGGGAGAUGGGAUGGAAGCGGACUUUGAAGGGGAUGAAAAGAAAGAAGAAUUUGGUCCCGAUGCAACCCUUGUUGAUAGACAGUCAUGUCCAUCCGUUGUAGACGAUGCAGGACCAAAUGUUAAGAUUAUCGAGAAAGUAUCUCCAUCAAAGUUUCCGGCCGGGAGACGUGCAAGAAAGGUAGCAGCUGCUAAGCAAAGUAUAGAUAUUGGGAGGUGGGAUAGGAAGGCGGUAGUAGCUAUUACAGUGUUGGAGGCUUGCGGAAAAAACUACAACGCACUUUACCCGGUGCAUCUUCUACUUUGAAGUUCGAUCCAUACAAACCAGUACCCACUCGACUUGUAAAAAAUUUUGACCAAUUUAUGAAGUCCGAUUGGGCAACAAAGGUUGAUAUGGUCAUUUUGUCCGCGAGUAAAAAAAUUUUCCAAUUGCUUAUAACCAGUGAGAGGUGGCUGAAUCACGAUGUAAAUAUUUUUUGAUCAAGAUUUUUAUUUUAUAAUUUGAUAAAUUCCAUAGAUUGUCGUUCAACUGCAUGGAUGUAAUUUAAAAUUAACUCGUCUUUCAAUGCAGCAUAUGGAAGUCCUGCCUUACUUAUUUUGUGUAUGUGCCA